GUUACGAUGUUUUCGCGGGAGAAUGUCAACAUUAAUCUGAUUGCAGUUCCAAUAUCGGAUUUGGACAAUUUGAGUUUCAUUUCAAACUUUCAAAGUACACCUAGUUUCAUGGAGUUAAGUUCAAUAUCUGUAAUCCUUUAAUGCCGCUGACAUACUAAUAAUAAUUUUUACGUUCAUUUAUGGAUGUAUACUCGAUACAUUAUCAUACAUAUAAUUUCUUUAAUAAAACUCCAGUAGCGGAGAGUGUGAGGCUGCCUCAGGUCAGGCUGGGACUGGGAGUGAGACGUACCUAGUCCGUCUACCUACGUUUCUCCAAUCCUUCAUAUUAAACUAUAUUUCUGUUGAAGUAUUAAAGGGUGUUUAAAUAAAAUUACAAACCUGUAUGUUCGAAUCACAACCAUGGCCAGCGAUUUAGAAAUGUACAUGGAAAACUUGGAUGAAUUUGUCAAUGAUGAAAACAAAGUAGUGACAUACCGAUGGCUGAGUAUAGCCUUGAAGCUACCAUGUGAUGUUGCUAAGAGGCUUCUCAAUCAUUUUGCAGCAUCACAAGUGGGUAGCAAUAAGCUACAUGUGAUGUACCUGGUUAUUGGACAAACUCUUCUAAAAGAUAACAUUGAAGGAACUAAGGUGUGCAUUGUACCAGAAGAAAAGCUGGAAAAGUUCAAGGAAAGUCUUGUGUCAGUCUCAUGCGUUCAUGUGUACAGCAUCUGUAAAAGCAAACUGGCUGAUGCUUCAGGCCCCCUCUACACGGCUGACUAUGACAUCAUCAGGCAAAACCUUAAAGAAUCUGUAAGUUAUGGUGGUAUUUCUUGUCCAAAAGCAAACCAACGCUCGACGGAUGAAAUAGCUUCAUCUAGGAGCAAGGGCACAUACCUUCCAUCUACACCUCAAGACACCAGAAAUGCUCCAGACCCUCGUCUUGCUAAGCCCUCAAAAACUUCUCCAUCUAAGCCAGUUAUCAAAACUUCUCCAUCUAAGCCAGUUGUCAAGACGGAAGGAAAAAAUGCUGCUGGUAACAAAAACAAAAGCAAUGCUAAGAACUCGCUUGCUUCAAUGUUUGCUGCGCAGACGAACGCUAAGAAGGAUGUCAAGAAAGAGCCAGAGGAUGUUAACAAGACCAAGAGUCAGGUGUCCACCAAAUCAAAAUCAGCAGCACCGAAAAAGCAAAACGGAAUAUCAAGCUUCUUGAAGGAGGGCGUGGAUCCCCGUGACGAAGAACCAAAGCCACUGCAGAGAAGCUCAACUCGUUCAAGUCCAAGAAAACUCGAAGUUGUGAAGACGGAGAAAAUGGAUGACAGUCCUGAGAAAAUAUCACCCAAGAAAUUGCCAACUCCUGUAAAAACGUACGGUCGAGCCAAGGCUAAGCCGGUCACUAAGCCGCACAGGUCAAGGAUCCUUCAGGUGGACUCCGACUCCAGUGAUGAAGAGGGAACAGCGAAGGACUCUGAGGACGAAGAGGAGGAUCCAAUUCCUCCUUCUCCACCUGCCAACGCCUCAGACGAUGAGGACCCUGCGCCCAAGCUGUCCCCAUGUAAACCAACCCGCGGCAAGAAGAGGAAGGAAGUCGAUCAAACUUACGAGGAAGAUGGCUUCAUUGUGACAAAGAAAACGUUCGUGGACGUGACGGACUCGGAGCCCGAGGACGAGGCUCCCCCUCCCGCCAAGAAACCGGACCGCAGUUCUUCGCCCUCAAAAACCGCGACUCGGCCUCCCGAAGAGACGACCAAAAAAUCCAAGAAACCCUCGCAGGCUAAAAGCGCCCCCAAGGCAUCGCCUGUGAAGAGUAAGCAGGCAUCCAUCACCAGCUUCUUCAAGAAGAAAUAAAUCCUAAUAUAUUGUUUGGUCUCGUGCGCGAGACGAGGUUGCAGUAGUUCAUCUUUUAAGUAUUCUUAAUAAAUAAAGCGACAUUUUCAUUUAAA